AUGGAGAGCUUCUUCUGGCUAUUCCGAGCAAUCGCUUUCCUGAAUAUUGCUGCCUGUUCUGAAAGUGCGCUGACGAGUCCAUCGUUCGAUGUAGCAUCAGAUAUAUCUGCCACAGCUGAAACAUUUAACACAAACUACUUCCUCCCGACCGGGUUUAACGACUCCGAAAGCAGGUGUUCUGGAAUACAUAAUGGUACGAGCAGGCUUCCGGAAGAGAUGACUGUCGCUCAAAAAACUGAUAAUUUGUCCGGGAACUUAACCUUGGGAGAGACGAUAAUAAUCGACAAGGAUAAAUAUACUGUUAGCAGCUCAAGUAAGCUUAUACCUUCCUCGUCGCUAGUACAGACAAUCGCUAGCUCAUCAACAAAGAUAGACUCUAGUGAAAUAGAUCUUAAUGAUACAGAUCCGACAUUUCUGUCGUUCGAUGAGUGGAAGAAAGUCAAACUUGACCAAGAAUCGUCAAGGGACUCCAAGUUACGUGCACACGCGACUGCUAGAGAAGAUUUAUCAUUUUACAGAGGUGAUGCUUUAGGCGAUGACCUUGAGAUAGACCUUGGCCUGUUCACCUCCCAAAAAGGUGCGUUGAACGAGGAGCCAGAAGGUAAGUUGUACCUCGACAAAUUCAAUUAUGCAUCACUAGAUUGCGCAGCCACCAUCGUCAAAACAAACUCUGAGGCUUCGGGUGCCAACGCCAUUCUACACGAGAAUAAGGACAAAUACCUCUUGACGCCAUGUUCAGCUCCGAUGAAAUUUGUUGUCAUGGAACUAUGCCAAGAUAUCCUAGUUGAGGAAAUUGCCAUUGCAAAUUAUGAGUUCUUUUCUUCUACGUUUAAGAGGUUGAGAUUUUCUGUCUCCGAUAGGUUUCCCCCCAAAAGUGGAUGGAAAGUCUUAGGCGAAUUUGACGCUAACAAUACACGUAAUAUUCAAAAGUUUGAAAUAUCUAAAUCUCUUAUUUGGGCGAGGUACUUGAGGAUCGAAGUUUUGUCCCAUUAUGGUAGUGAGUUUUACUGUCCCAUUUCCUUGGUUCGAGUCCAUGGCAAGACGAUGAUCGAUGACUUCAAACUGGACGAAACCAAUGACAUCUACUCUAGCAGACAAGAAGGCUCGCAUGCUAUAAAGUCGGAGGAAUGUGUUCACGAUGAGCAAGAGGGCCUAAGUUAUGAUGGCAAAUAUUUGGAUACGUGCGAGUUCCCUCGUUUUCGCCCAUCCCAUAUUAUGGCUGGCUUUCCGGUGCUGGAUUUCGCUGGCGACCAGUGCCCUGCAAUUUUACCCCAUUUGGAAGUAGAUCAAUUCUUGAAAACACUGAAUCAGACUUCCUGCGAAUCAGUGAGAUUCCAGCCUUUGGAGACGCCGGGCUCCUUACCCUCAUCAUCGGCCGAGGAAUCUAUCUUCAAGACGAUUAUUAAACGCUUAUCUUUGUUAGAAAGUAAUUCGACCCUGUCUUUAAGAUAUAUCGAAGAACAGAGCAAAUUGCUCUCUCGAGCCUUCUCGAACCUUGAGAAAAACCAAGCGAAAAAGUUUGAUACUUUAGUCUCGGCUCUAAAUCAAACUAUUCUGUCCAAUCUGGGUGAUAUUCAAGUGUUUUCACAGCAGCUACGAGAAUCCUCUCUCAAACUUCUCGAGGAACAGAGGUUUUCAAAUGAACAAUUCACCGCAGACACGCUAUUAAGACUUGAAGGCGUCCAAAAAGAUGCAGUGUUCCAGCAGAGAUUGUCAUACACAAUGCUUUUCGCUUUCACCACCCUGUUAAUGUACGUAUUACUGACUAAGGAAAUUUAUGUCGACGGUAAUAUGGAAGACGACGGUUGGUACCUUAAGUCUCCACCAUUGAAGAAGGCGAAAGAAAAACUUUGGAAGAAAGCUGGCAUGGAAAGUAUGUCCAAUGGACCCCUCAUUUUUGAAAUGAACCAUGAGGGAUCUGAACAUGAAUACAGAUCAGACCUCUCUGCGUCUACUUCCUCGACUUCGCUAUACGAUGAUUUUGCGACAGGUUCGAAUAAACAAGAUGAGCGCCCCGCUUCGCCAGUUCAUACAACCUAG